CCCCUCAGUUUAUUUCCUAUAUUUAAGAGUGUCUUAAGGUUUGCUUCCCUGUCUUUACCUUAUUUCAUUUUUCCUUCCCUUCCCCCUUUGCUCAUCUGUAUAAAACCCACGUUAAAUCCCACCAUUUUUUUCCUUUUUCUUUUCAGAAGUUAAGGAGGGUUUCAGAAGUUCUUCUGAAAUUCAGUUUCUUCCACAACUUUCCCCUGUUUCUCUCCACCUUUUCCUACUUUCAAGGGCACAUUCCAGAGCUUUCCAAUGGACAGAUGCCCACUAGGCAGAAUUUAAAGGCUUUGGAAAAGAAAAUUUUCAUGGCCCAUCCAGGUAUUAGAGAAAGACACUUGUAAAGGGUUAGAUUUGUAUCUUCAGGGAAGAAAGUUGGGUUUUCCUGAUACUGGCAUCCCUGGAUUCCAAGGGGUGGCAAGUGACCCAGCCCCUGUGAAAGGCAAUCGCUGGGCAGUACUUUGGAGAGUCAGUGGGCCAGGCCUCUCCCUGCCCCCUGCGCGCCCUGGUCAGGGUGCAGGCCUAGUAGGGCAGGCCGGGGCCUCUGUGACGCGACGUUCCAGGCGGUGGGCCUGUUAACUCUGCCCAGCGCCUGCGCCCCGCACUUUCCGCCCCACUGGCGCAGCCCACAGGCAGGGCAGCCGGUGUGGCCAGGCGACAGGAGGUAGCGGCGGCGGCAUGAGCUACUACCAGCUACCAGUGGUGAUCGACAAUGGCUCGGGAAUGAUCAAGGCGGGCCUGGCUGGCUCGCGGGAACCCCAGUUUGUCUACCCGAAUAUUAUCGGCCGAGCCAAAGGCCAGAACUGGGAGGCCAAGAGCGCGCUGGAACUGUGUGUGGGCGAUGAGGCGCAGGAAAGAAGACACUUACUGUCCAUCAGCUACCCAGUGGAGCGUGGUCUGGUUACUUCCUGGGGAGACAUGGAAAUCAUGUGGAAGCAUAUCUAUGAUCAUAAUCUGAAGCUAAAGGCCUGUGAUGGCCCAGUCUUGAUUACUGAGCCAGCACUGAACCCACUGGUGAACCGGCAACAGAUCACUGAAGUGUUUUUUGAGCAUUUGCAGGUUCCUGCCUUCUAUAUGUGCAUACAAGGGGUGCUUGCUCUCUUUGCCGCUGGCUUCACAACUGGCUUUGUGUUGAAUUCAGGUGCUGGGGUGACCCAGUGUGUGCCCAUCUUCGAGGGUUACUGUCUGCCUCAUGGCGUCCAGCAGCUAGAUCUGGCAGGCCUUGACCUCACCAACUACCUCAUGAUGCUGUUGAAGGACCAUGGCAUCAUGCUGCUUAGUGCUGCAGACAGAAAGAUUGUCGCAGACAUUAAGGAAACCUCUUGUUAUGUGGUAAUGAACUAUGAAGAGGAAAUGGCCAAGAAUCCUGAGUCUGUAGAGAAAGUUUACCACUUGCCUGAUGGGAAGAUGAUCAAGCUCCAUGACCAGCUCUUUCAUUGUCCAGAGGCCCUCUUCUCUCCACAUCUUAUGAACCUUGAUACCCCUGGCAUCGAUAAGUUGUGUUUCAGCAGCAUAAUGAAAUGCGAUAUGGAUCUGAGGAAUUCAUUUUUCUCUAAUAUUGUCCUUGCUGGGGGAUCAACCUCUUUCCCUGGUUUGGACAAGCGGCUAGUUAAAGAUAUAGCAAAUAUGGUACCUGCCAAUACGCCUGUGCAGGUUACAGCUCCCCCAGAAAGGAAACUGUCAGUGUGGAUGGGCGGCUCUAUUCUUGCAUCCCUGUCUGCCUUCCAGGACAUGUGGAUCACCGAGGCAGAGUUUAAAGAAGUUGGACCCAACAUAGUACAUCAAAGAUGCUUCUGAAUACAGAUAAAAUGGUUAGAAAAAAAUGUUUUGAGAAUUUCUGACAGAAAACUGUAUAUUAUAAGUAUCUGGGGGAACAAGAUGUACUUGAAUUAUUGGACUGUCCAUGUCUCUUGCAUUUCUAUGUUGGGGGAAAAUAAUGGUGAAGUAAACCAUUGAGUAGAGUCAAAUUAAAUGCUAGAGGAAACUAUUCUUGAUCUUGGAGAUCUU